UUUUUUUUUUUUCAAUUACUUGAGUCAAAUUCCAGAGGAAGAAGCAGUGAUUUUUGUCUCUAGGAACUUUGUGCGUACAUUAGGGUCUGUGCUCCAACACCUAAGCAGUGCCGCCUCUGGGAACUGCUUGUCCUAUGCCCUGCCUCCUCCACUCGCCGGCCCUUGGCCCUUGGAGCCCCUGCUUGCUGGUGUUGGGGGUCGCCCUGGGGUGCCCAGCCCCUGCUCCUGCCUGGCCUUUCCCAGCAGAGGUGUGGACAGAUCCUGGUCCCUCUGCUUCCGGAUCUUCCGCGCGGCCUCGGGAUCCGAGGAUUUCAGCCCCUGCUUUGUCAUACUGUGAGCUGUUUUCCCAUACCCUCUGGGGAACCCGAAACUCAGAAGCCUGAAGUGGACUUCCUGCUGCUGGGGCGUGGCCCUAUCCCCAAGCCUGCCUGCCGGACUCUUUGCCUCCCAGACCGCGCCUUGCACAGUCCUUGCGCUGCCCCAAAGCCGCUGCUGUCCAGGAGUGUUUCUCCAGGUCUCCAAGCCCCCGCCUUCCCACUAAUGACAACUGUGAAGAUACUGCUCUCACUUGGACCUUUUUGAAAUUAGGAUUUCAGCUGAACCAUCUGUUUCAUCUUCAAGCCAUCAUGAGUGGUCAGAAGCCCAGAUCCCAGAAAGCAGACACAGAGAAAAAUAUGGAAAAUGUGGACUUCUUUCCUCAGGUGCCCAAAGAACAGCAGCAUGGUGUCGGUACUUCUCAAAUGAAAGCAGAAUCUAAUGAAAAGAAAAGUACCCAGCAUCAAGACAGCCAUCUUCCUAAGAAAAUUCCAAGAGAUAAGACCAUGUGGCCAAAGAAGAUUUAUGUUAUCUUGGGGAAAAAUGACAACAUGAAAUAUGAGCUCACAUAUAGUGAGAGAGCCAGCUUAUACGAGGCACUCAACACUCUUGAGGCUGUCAAAGAAAAUGUAAAAUCUCACCAAAGCAAAGAAAUGUUGGUGAAGGGCACAAAAAGAAUCACAGGGUACCUGAACCUCGCAAUGCCCUUCAGUUGUAUUCCUAAUGAGGCCACUGUGAACGUUACUUUUUCCAAACGUGUAGGUGAACAGAAGGAAGGUAAUCCAAUAUUUGGCCAACAAGACAGACCAAAUACUGACUGUGUCAAAUUUUAUGUUUAUGCAGUUGGGAAGACAAUAAAAAGGAUUGUUAAAUAUAAGGAGCUUCAUGAAGCAGGAAAUAAACUCUGUGUCUUUGGUUUCAAAGGCGAAACCAUCAAGGAGGCUUUGUGCAAGGACCACAGAUUUCUUCCUUUUCUGGAGAAUAGCAACUGGAAACUCAUCAGCAACAAGGAUUCCAUUAUAGAAAACACCCAGGUAGUCGACGACAUGGAGGGAAAGGUCGUUGAGAUCACAAUUGAAAAGAGAAGAAGCCCUAGGGUGGCCGCACAGAAUUCAGAGUUAGAGCAGAGCAGGUUCCAUGUGUUGAAAGAAUACAUUGUGGAGGAGUAUCCCUGCUUGAAAAGAGAAAGGGAAAACUUCAGAGAAAACCUCAAGAAAGAAAUGAAAGCAACAGGAAAAAAACAAACAACAUUAGUUAAUUUGCAUAGAACAAACUUUGGGAAACAGACCAAAAAUUCUACUCCUGUUAAAACAAUCAAGCUCCUUUCACGUGUCAGUGACUCAGUUGGAUUCUUACACUGGGACAAUAAUGGCAACGUGGGUACUGCUACCUGCUUUGUGUUCACAGGGCCGUACAUUUUCACUUGUCGCCACGUGGUAGAUCUGAUCGUGGGGAGAGGAGUGGAGCUCAGGAAAUGGGCAGACAUAAUCAGCCACUGUGCUCGGGUGACAUUCAGUUAUGAAGAGUUUGAAUCAAAAUACCACAACUCCUUUUCCAUCGAGUCUUGGUUUGAGAUAUCUGAUGUAGAUCUGGACUACGCAGUCCUGAAACUCAAAGAAAAUGGACAGCAAGUUCCUGCAGGACUCUACAAUGGAAUCGCCCCUGCACCAGCUAAUGGGUUGGUGUAUAUUAUUGGGCAUCCUGAAGGAGAAAGGAAGUCCACUGAUGCAUGUGUCACGAUUCCUCAGAGUGAGCGAUCAGAGACCUGUGACAGAAAUAUGAGAGAAUUAGUGCCUGAGCUUCAGUUUGCCCACAUGUACACUCAAAACAGUUUCAGGGAAAUUCUUCACAACCCUAAUGUUGUUACCUAUGACACCACUUUUUAUUGGGGUUCUUCUGGCUCACCAGUGUUUGACUCCCAUGGCUCCGUCGUGGCCAUGCAUACUGCUGGCUUCACUGAAAAUUACAGAGAAAGGACUUUUCAUAUCAUUGAGUUUGGCUCUGCGAUGAAAGCCAUCCUCUCUGAUAUUAAGCAGAAGCAUCCAGUGUGGUAUGAACAGGCGUGCGUAGAUCAGCAGGAGGAAGAAAUGCUGAGUCAGGAGUAAUGAGGCUUGGUGUGCACUUACCUUGUGCAGUUGCCUUCCAAAGCAAUGACUUCCAAAGUGGUCACUAACUUCCCAAGUGGUCAGUUGUAGAAACAUUAAAGCAGUCGAUAUUGGAGACCAGCAAUUUUUAUAAACCCAUAAAGAAAUGAGUCCCAUUGUAAAAUGAAGCUUAAGUGUCAAUUGCUUGCUAAGGUCCUUGUCCUCUUUUCUGGACUGUCAAAGGACAACAGCUCACCAAACAAAACUCACCUAGCUUUGUCUCCUUAGAUCAGUCUGAGUGAAGUGUUUGACCCCUAGUGGGGCGUAGUCCAUGCCUCAUCUCUACCUGAAGCAGGUAUAAGAAGACAGCCCUAAAUCCCUUUGGCAUCCUCAGAAGUAAGGGAUCAUAGUCCUAGAAUUGGGAAUCACGUAGAAGAGAAACAAAAAAGAAGAUAGGAAGGAGACAAGGAAGAUUAUAAUUUUAAGAAGAAUGUGACUUCAAGACACAAAUUUACCCAAGGUUAUCCACACCUGCACACCUUGAGAGCUGUCAGAGUUUUCAUGUUUUUAGGCAGUAUGUUUAAUCUUUUAAAACACAUGUAAUAUACUGGACCCUGUAUCUUUCUCAUGUAUAAUAAGCCACUGUUUUCCCUGUGGGCAAGUCAUCACUUCUUGCCUGCAAUCCAAGCAAUAGAAUCACAAAUUCCACUGCAAAAACAUAAAUAUUCCCUGUUCUAGACUAAAAUGCACCUCCUUUUUGAGGCUCCACAUUCUAUUUCUUGAGUUUGUGCUUUAAAAUGCUGCCUCAUAAUCCCUUUAUUUGUCUUUAAAAAAUGUUAAAUCAUGUACCCAAGAAGCAAGUCCUCCUUGUGAGCUGACACCAUGCAGGCAAGAAUACGGGCAGCUGGGGGAAACAACCAGAUGCCAGCCUUUUCCCGUGAGUCAGUGCCAUUCAUGGACUGCAGGGAAGGAGAACAAGAACACAAUGAGAAAUAAACCCUCCCUGUGAGUUAGCUCCAUGCAUGGGCUACUGAAGGAACAACCAGACACCAGCCCCUUCUGGUGCACAGGCUGGGAGACAAGAAGAGCCAGCCUCAUAAGAUGUGGAGAAACACAAACUGUGAUGAUAGCUAUUGAGGUAAAAUACAGCUUACUGCUUGUAGUGUUGAGUAUUUUGCUUACUUUGUAAACCUAAAGCUCAUCUAUUCAGAGGACAACCAUAUGCAGUGCAGCAUCUAUGGGAGUAUCUUUCUGCAGGUGGUAGCCAUUGUUAAUUCCCUAUUGUCUUCUUUUGAAGCCCUUUAUUGUUUUCAUUGUUUUGUUUGUGUUCUGUUUGGUUUGAUUUUUACUGUAUCUGAAGGUAUGAAUAGCUAUUUGGAAGACAACAAGAGGCAUUAUGAUUAACAUUGUUGAUUUUCUAGUAUCUUGUUUUUAAAGUCCUGUAUCACUUACGUUUUCAUGGGAAUAAAACAAAAAAAUCAAUUCUAACAAUUCUAUCAGUAAGUUAUUGUCCAUCUUAAAGUAAGCAAUACGAAUUGUGGUAAGAUUAAUGAUCAAUUUUAUGAUAAGAAACAUCAUGUAAUUUAAUUUUUUCAUCUUCAGUUACUUCUCCUAAAUUUACUUACUUCAGAUGAACUACUGAAAUUUGCUCAUCUAAUUAUCCCUAAUAUCUGGGUCUUUACAAAAAUGUGUGGGCCCACCAGAAGUGGAACUUGGGGCUGAAAUUCCUGCCUCCUGAAGAAACAAAUAGUUCUUAGGAGGAGAUCACUGUCAAAACCCUGAUUUCCAAAAUCUUCCAUUUACUAAAAUGGUCAGAAUACAGGUAUCCUAAAGUCACGGGUCACAACUGCUCUUCUUUGCUUAUAGUCCAUGAGCGGAAGGAAGAUGUCUUUAAAGACCUGUGCUGCUUUCUUCAGAUUUCCUUUGUUUCUCCCUGAUUUCCUUUUUUCUGUUCCAAGAUCCCACCCAGCAUUCCCAUGAAGUGUCAUUGUCCACUCUCCUUAAGAUCCUGGCUCUGACAGUUCCUCAGCUGUCUUGUGUUCGAUGACCUUGGUAUCUGGGAAGAGCACAGUGGGGUGGUUUGUAGUCUGCCCCAUUUCUGGAUUUUGUCAAAGGAUUUGCUGACGAUUGUACUCCAGUGGGCUCUGGCAGGCAAGAAUACGGGAUAAAAUACUAUAUUGGCCAUAACCUAUCAAAGCCCAGACUGUAACAUGAUUCAUGACCUUUGGUGUUGAUCUUGAUCACCUGGGGUUGCAGUGUUUGUCAAAUGUGAACCAGAGUCUCCCUGGUCUUGCCCAGCCUGCAUGUGUGACCUUCUGGUGCGUGGCCCUCCAGACAUCCUCCACCCACAAUGACCCUCCCACCCGCCAGCCCUCUGUGGAGCGUCAGCCCACAUUCUACCACUGGGCUGCAGCACUGGAGCCAAGAUGUUUAAGCAAUAAAAUGUUCAUUUCCA